GGCUUCGAUGAACAGAAACCAGAUCCAUGACAUCUCACAAGAUGGAAAUUCAUCCGAAAAUCCAAAGCUCGGAUACAUCUUGAGACUCUACCAGCAGCAUUACCCACCUAGCUUUCCCAAAAAGAUUAUUGCAGAGAUAAUAGCAACGUUUUUACUGGUAUUUGUGACUUGUGGUUCGGCUGCAUUGAAUUUAAACAACGAACAAUCAAUUCCAAAGCCGGGACCAUCGAUUGCAGGUGGGCUUAUUGUGACGGUCAUGAUUUACGCAGUGGGCCACAUCUCGGGUGCGCACAUGAAUCCUGCGGUUACGUUUGCCUUUGCCGCUAUCCGGCACUUCCCUUGGAAACAGGUACCUUUCUAUAUGAUCGCUCAGAUAUCAGGAUCAUUGAUUGCAUCGUUUAUACUUCGCGAGCUGCUGGAACCCAUAAGGGAUUUGGGGACCACAACUCCUUCUGGAACAGAUGCUCAAGCACUGGUGAUGGAGAUAGUCGUAACGUUUAACAUGAUGUUUGUCACGUGUGCAGUUGCGACCGAUACCAAAGCCGUGGGUGAGCUUGCAGGGAUCGCCGUUGGUUCUGCAGUUUGCAUAACUUCGCUCUUCGCCGGGCCAAUCUCAGGAGGAUCGAUGAACCCGGCAAGGACUUUAGGCCCAGCAAUUGCAAGCAGGAUAUACCAUGGGAUAUGGGUGUACAUUGUGGGUCCCGUCAUAGGGACGUCGCUCGGGGCGUGGUCCUACCAUCUAAUACGUGUGCCGGAAAAGCAUCUGCACGCAAUCCCAACACGAUCAUCUGCACGCAAUGUCCGUCGUGUACGGAGCAGCGAAACACCAGUUGCCGAUAUGGACUUUUCCGAUGGCCCAUGAUUUCAGAACGCUAAGCUAUGAGCCUGUAAUUUUCCUAAUGCUUGAUGAGUUUGUGUGUAAGUUACUUUGUUUACAGAAGUAGCUCUCUCUUUCUCUC